AGUUUAGGAAAUACGCAUACUUUUUUCAAAACCCUAGUUCUUUCUAAUCCUCUAAUUCUCAUAUAUCAACCCUACUACUUUCAGAUCCCCCAAUCCUCAUUUCCGAUCAGAAAAUCCUCGCGGCCAUGGCUAACGCGAGAGAAUCCGAUCCGAAUUUGGGCUAUCUAACGAAGAAGGAAACGGAGGUGAAGCUGCCUCGACCUACCCGCGUCAAGAACAAGACGCCGGCUUCGAUACAAAUCACUGCCGAGCAAAUCCUCCGCGAAGCUCGAGAGCGUCAGGAGGCAGAAAUCCGGCCGCCAAAGCAGAAAAUAACCGACUCCACCGAGCUCGGAGAUUACCGGCUCCGGAAACGCAAGGAAUUCGAAGAUUUAAUUCGAAGAGUGCGGUGGAACAAGAGUGUGUGGGUGAAGUAUGCGAAAUGGGAAGAGUCGCAGAAGGAUUUCGCCCGAGCUCGGUCAGUGUGGGAGCGCGCGCUGGAGGUGGAUUAUAGGGACCAUACAUUGUGGUUGAAGUAUGCUGAUUUUGAGAUGAAGAAUAAGUUUGUCAAUCACGCUCGGAAUGUAUGGGAUCAUGCGACGCAGUUGUUGCCGAGGGUGGAUCAGCUGUGGUACAAGUAUAUUCACAUGGAGGAGAUUUUGGGGAAUGUGGCUGCCGCGAGGCAGAUUUUUGAGAGGUGGAUGAAGUGGAUGCCUGAUCAGCAAGGAUGGCUUUCGUAUAUUAAGUUUGAACUCAGGUAUAAUGAGGUUGAAAGGGCCAGAGAGAUUUUUGAGCGUUUUGUGGACUGUCACCCCAAGGUCAGUGCGUGGAUUAGGUUUUCUAAGUUUGAGAUGAAGAAUGGGGAGAUAGCGCGUGCGAGGAAUUGUUACGAGAGGGCCGUGAAUAAGUUGGGGGAUGAUGAGGAGGCAGAGGAGUUGUUUGUAGCAUUUGCAGAGUUUGAAGAGAAAUGUAAGGAGACAGAAAGAGCUAGAUGCAUAUAUAAGUUUGCACUAGAUCAUAUUCCAAAGGGACGGGCAGAAGAGCUGUAUAAGAAGUUUGUUGCAUUUGAGAAGCAAUAUGGUGACAGGGAAGGAAUUGAGGAUGCUAUUGUUGGAAAGAGGAGGUUUCAGUAUGAGGAUGAGGUCAGGAAGAACCCACUUAAUUAUGAUGUGUGGUUUGAUUAUAUUCGAUUGGAAGAGAGUUGUGGGGACAGGCAAAGGAUUGAGGAUGUGUAUGAGAGGGCUAUAGCAAAUUUACCUCCUGCUCAGGAGAAACGCUACUGGCAGCGAUACAUAUACAUGUGGAUUAAUUAUGUUUUGUAUGAGGAGCUUGAUGCCCAGGAUGUUGACCGAACAAGAGACAUAUAUAACUUGUGCCUGAAGAUGAUUCCUCAUGAGAAGUUUUCUUUUGCAAAGAUUUGGCUGAUGGCCGCACAAUUUGAAAUACGGCAAUUAAAUAUUGAUCGGGCUCGGAAAAUAUUGGGGUCAGCAAUUGGUAUGGCUCCCAAAGAUAAGAUCUUUAAGAAGUAUAUUGAGAUAGAGCUGCAACUUGGUAACAUAGAACGGUGCAGGAAACUUUAUGAAAAGUACUUGGAGUGGUCUCCCGAGAACUGUUAUGCAUGGAGCAAGUAUGCCGAGUUGGAGAGAUCCUUGUCAGAAACUGAACGCGCCAGAGCUCUUUUUGAGCUUGCAAUUGACCAACCUGCUCUAGAUAUGCCAGAGUUAUUAUGGAAGGCAUACAUCGACUUUGAGAUUUCUGAAUCCGAGUAUGAAAGAACUAGAGCUCUUUAUGAGAGGCUUUUGAACCGAACUAAACAUUUGAAGGUGUGGAUCAGUUAUGCCAAGUUUGAGGCUUCUGCUAUGGAAGAGGUCCUUCUAGACUCAGAAUUGUCUGAGAGUGAAUAUAAGAAAAAAUGCCUUGAGCGUGCCAGAGCUGUGUUUGAAAGGGCCCUUAGCUAUUUUAGAACUUCUGCCCCUGAAUUGAAAGAGGAAAGGGCAAUGCUUUUGGAUGAGUGGUUGAACACGGAGAAAGGUUUUGGUGAGCUUGGUAAUGUGGAUUUGGUUACUGCUAAGCUUCCAAAGAAGCUAAAAAAGAGAAGGCACAUAGAAACUGAGGAUGGUCCAGCUGGGUAUGAGGAGUAUAUUGACUACCUAUUCCCAGAAGAAACACAGACGACGAAUCUUAAAAUUUUGGAAGCAGCAUACAAGUGGAAGAAGCAGAAGAUUGUUUCUGACGAUGAUUAGUUGGAUUCAUUACUAGGAUUCAAUCCUGCAAUAUCCAUGAUGUUCUCGAUCUCCUUCACCACCUCACUCAUGUUCGGCCUAUUAACGCCCGAUUCCUGGACACACCUCAGCGCCACAUCAACGAACCUCUCCACGCUCCCGGGCGCCACGUUGGACGCCACUAUUGGGUCCAGGACGGGCUCGAGGUUGUACAAAUUCUUGCUCUUGUCGAGCGCCUCCUUGACCUCCCUCACCACGUAUUUUCCCUUCAUGAUAGGGGUUCUCGAUGUCAGAAGCUCCAGCAUCACCACUCCAAAGCUGUACACGUCGCUCUUCUCAGUCAACUGCUGCGUCAUGUAGUAUUCGGGGUCCAAGUAGCCCUGGAGAAAGAAAAAGCAAAUGCUUACAACUUUCAUAGGUAAAACCAAACUAGAUCAGAUUUGAAAUGUAGUAGUGUAUAAUAUAUUCACCAUUGUGCCUUUAACUUGAGUGGUGAGAUGACUCUUGUCCUGUUCAGACAUUGGCUUAGACUUAGAGAGACCAAAAUCUGCUACUUUGGCGUUCAAACGUUCAUCCAAUAAGAUAUUGUUUGAUUUAA